AUGGCCUAUUCGGCCCACCGUAUUCUUUUUCUAGGCCUGUGUCUUCUUUCUGGAAUCAAAUGUUCAAAAGUAGUACUGGAAAACAAUGGAUACAAAAAUCUUGUUAUUGCAAUUAAUCCAGAGGUUCCUGAGAACAGUUUCAUUUUGACAAGAACUGAGGAAAUGGUACGAGGAGCCUCUAAAUACUUGUUCACAGCAAGCGCGAAGAGAUUUUAUAUCAAAGAUGUUAAAAUCCUAAUUCCAGCAACCUGGGAAACACAACCUAAUUACGCCAGACCAAAGACGGAAUCGUAUUCUGAGGCUGAUGUGAUCAUUGCUGCCCCUUACAUGAACUAUGGCAAUGACCCCUAUACCCUGCAGUAUGGAGGGUGUGGUGAAGCCGGGAGAUACAUUCAUCUGACACCAGACUUUUUGAUUGAUGAUAAGUUUCUCCAAAUCUAUGGACCAAGAGAAAGAGUGCUUGUUCACGAAUGGGCUCACCUCCGUUGGGGCGUUUAUGAUGAGUACAAUGAGGACAAACCAUUCUACUUUGCCCCAGAUAAAAGCUUUGAAGCUACAAGGUGCUCUGUAGAUAUAACUGGCAUCAUGGCAGAAUGCAAAGAUCCUCAGUGUUCUGGAAUCAAACCCUGUGAAGUAGACCAAGUUACGGGAUCACCAACUAAAAAGUGCCAGUUUUUUCCUGACAAAAAACAAAGGACUACAUCCUCAAUUAUGUUUUACCAAGGGCUUAAUGCGAUCACUGAGUUUUGCAACCAGGAUUCCCACAAUGCUGAGGCUCCCAAUAUGCAAAAUAAGAUGUGCAAGUCUCGGAGUGUUUGGGAAGUGAUUGAACAGUCCAAAGACUUCAAAGCCAGUGUGCCCAUGAAUGAGAAUGCUCCCCCACCGACCACUUUUACUUACCUUCAAGGAGGAGACCGAGUCAUCUGUCUAGUUCUGGAUGUAUCUUCAAAUAUGAUGAUUUCCCAAAGAAAGGAAAGGCUCCAACAGGCAGCAGAGCUCUUCAUUCUUCAGUUCAUUGAAACAGGUUCCUUCCUUGGAAUUGUGCAGUUUAAUUCUGAAGGAAAAAUUCUUCAAGAGUUAACUCAUAUUGAGGAUGAUAAUUCUCGAAUAACCCUUGCAAAUCAUCUACCCAAUCUUGCAGAAGGUGGAUUAAACAUCUGUGAAGGAAUCAGGACAGCAUUUAGGGUCUUCAGGAAUUUUGACCAAAUGACAUAUGGUGAUGAGAUAGUAUUGGCAACAGCUGGAGAAGACAAUGGACUUACUUCAUGUAUGUCUGAAGUUAAAGAAAGUGGUGCAAUCAUCCACACGAUAGCCAUUGGACCAAGUGCAGCCAAAGAACUGGAAGUAUUGUCCGGUAUCACAGGAGGCUUACAGUUUUCAGCAACUGAUAGUCCUGACUCCAAUGGGCUCAUAGAUGCAUUUGCUGGAAUUUGUUCAACGGGUGGACAUUUUUUCAAUCAGACUAUUCAGCUUGAAAUUGCUAGAAAGAAAACUCAAGGCAAAGACUGGCUAAAUGGAACUGUGUCUGUCGACAGAACCGUUGGGAAUGAUACUGUUUUUGUGGUGACGUGGGAGACAAUGGCUACACCUGCUAUUUAUGUAUUCAGCCCGAGUGGACAAGACUACAGUGCCGAUUUUGUACUAGAUAUGGCCUUAAAAGAAUCUCAUUUGAAAAUCCCAGGGACAGCAGAGGUGGGAGACUGGCACUAUAAUAUCGACAUUAUAAACGCCACUUCUCAGACACUGACUAUGACGGUGACAUCUCGUGCAGCAAGUUCAAGUCAACCACCAGUGACCGUUAAUGCUUAUAUGAAUAAAAACAGUGCUAAUGCACAAAGUCCAAUUAAAGUGUAUGCUGAAGUGAGCAAAGGAUAUUUACCAGUCUUGGGAGCAAAAGUCACAGCCUUCAUUGAAAGUGAUACAAAUAAAGAAGAGUUUCAGCUAUUGGAUAAUGGUGCAGGUGCAGAUAUCAUUAAGAAUGAUGGUGUCUAUUCUGGUUACUUUUUUAAAUUCAAUGGCAAUGGUAGAUACAGCCUAAAAGUGAAAGUCCAAGGAAGUGAAAAAGUGACAAAGCUGUCUUUCCGAAAGGGGGCCCGUGCCUAUUACAUUCCUGGAUACCAUGAAAACGGUUAUAUUUUCCCGAACCCACAGAAACCCCCUGUAUCUGAAGAAGACCUUCAGAGUGAUUUAGGAAGCUUCACCAGAACCACCAGUGGAGGUGUUCUGGUGGUGACAGGCAUGACUGGCUCACAAUCUCCUAAUUUCCCACCUUGCCAAAUAACAGAUCUGGAUGCAAAUAUUGAAGGUGAACAGGUCUCUUUGUCCUGGACAGCACCUGGAGAACACGUGGACCAAGGGACAGCCUCAAACUAUGAAAUACGAAUGAGUGCAACUUGCAAGGAACUGAAAGAUCACUUUGAAAAUGCCAUACUUAUAAACAUGUCUGGUCUUGUGCCACAAGAAGCAGGCAAAAGAGAAUAUUUUGCUUUUAAACCUGAAGGAAUUGUCUUAAAAAAUGGAACAAUCAUUUAUUUUGCUGCAAGGGCUGCUGACACCUUCUCCAUCAAGGCAGACAUUUCCAACAUUGCCCAGGCAACAAUUAUGCUUCCUUACAUUCCUGCAGUGCCUGAGGACCCAGAGUCAACUAUCGAUAUUACGAGUCUUGCUUUGAUUACAGUAUUCUCAAUUAUUGGCAUCUGCAUUAUUGCAGGCGUUAGCAUGUGUAUUACAAAGAGGAAACAAAGAAGAAGAAGAAGAACGGCUCCAGCCGCAUGAGCACAUAAACCUGCAAAUCAAAUUAUAUUUGAUUGAACAAGUAACAAGUGGGUUGAACUAUUAUUGAGAGCAUUUAAAAAGAGUAACAAUAACAUCUACUUUUUCUGAUUUAUUUUAGAAGAUUUAAAGCAGGCACAUUCUGUUUGAAACUGACAUUAUACCUGUAGCUUUUUUGUAAAGUUGCUUGACACCCCCUAUUCCAUGAACCUUCACGGGCAGAAGUGUUGCUUACUUCUUACUGCAAGCCUCCAUGAUUUAUUGCUGAUUAGACAACACAAUAACAAAGGAAAAACACAACAAUAUCGAGUUGAUUUGCAUUUUUUUUUAAAAAAAGUAAAUGAAUAAUAAUGCCCAACGUUUUUCCAUGUAAGGCAUAGUUUUCCUCCUUUUUUAUGGAAGACAUAAAGACAAGCAAAUAGGAACCACUGAAGAACACAUUUUAAUGCAUUGUUUACCAGCAUCAUUGCUAUAUAAUAAGCAUAUAUACUUCUCUAACGUAUUCACUCUGCAGAAUAUGGAAGUCUCUUAGUGUACAGUCCUAAAUAGAUCUUUAUAUAAACAACAUGUAUGCUUCUUUUGAAGUUAAAUCUUGUAAAUAUAUUACUCCAUUCAUUUUAUUUCUCUCAAUGUAUCUCUGAUGAGCUCAUUGAUUUUUUCUUUGUAACAAUUCAUGUGUGACUAAGAUAGAGAUGAUCGAUGAUGUCUGUGUUCUCUGCUGUAAAGUGCCUUACCUAUAGUACUGUAUGUUACUGCUAGUACUAAUUCAGACAUUCUGGAAAAUCUGUUGCUGGGAUUUCCUCCGUCAAAAGAAAUUCAAUAACUGCUUGUUGUAAAAAAAGCCAAGCCCAAUCAGCCAUUUUCUUAUACAUCUAUAGGUAUCUGUAACUAAGGCAGGUGACAUUUUUUUGAAUUCAGUGACAGAAUUUUUUGCACAGGAUAUAGAAGAAUAAAACUACUGAUGAAAACAGUGUUUCUUAAAAUCACAGUACACAUUCAUUAAAGUCUUUGCAUUAACUGUUACCCUUUAAUAAUAAAUAUCUUGUGCAGAACAUCACAGAAACAAUUCAGAUUCCUUAUAAGACUAAAGAAAAGCAGUCAUAAAGCUCAUCACUCACUGCUCAUUUUUCCUCCAAAGUCAUUUUCAAUGAAAGAAUGUCAAGAAUAUUUCAGUCAUAUGAAACUACAGCUUACCUCAGUUCCUACUGACCACUGCCACACGCUGAACCUGUCAAACCCCCCAUUUUAUACAUGCCAACACCAUUCAACUAAUUUAGCCACAUCAUCUAACAGGUUCACAUUACCAGCAAGCUGUAAGCUCCCAGAAACCCUCUGACCCUAAAUGGCUGCGGCACAAACUCACCUUUCACAUGGCGCUGUUACAACAUGGCGUUCCCUUAACCUGCUUCAGUGUAACCUACCUAUAGCCCAAAUGUACCUUUCUCUAACAUUAUUGUUAUUUUUCUUCUCUUAAACAGCCUAAAGAGGGUGAAAAUAUGAGAUAAUUUUAUUUAACUAUGAAUAGGUUUUGAUAUAAGAAGUUCAAUAAAUAUCAUUUAAAUGUUGAGGUCACCUGUCCCUCUAUAUGCAGUGCCAUAUUUGUGUUCGUUUACCAGAAAGACACAAUCCCUCAGUUUGAUGACCGUUUAUUUAUCCCUUUUUUUGACACCCACUACACACACACCAACUGGAAAAGGGUCUUUCUUUUAAUUGCCUUUCCCGAAAAUUUCUUCCAUUUUUUUCCCUACAUGGGUUUUUUUGGGAGUUUUUCCUUGUCUUCUUAGAGAGUCAAGGCUGGGGGGCUAUCAAAAGACAGGGCCUGUUAAAGCCCAUCGCAGCACUCCUUGUGUGAUUUUGGGCUAAACAAAAAUAAAUUGUAUUGUAUUGUAGUUAGAGAGACGUCUCAUUUUCAGACUAGUUCCACUUAAGUUUUUUUCAUCCAUGUUUCUUACACAAGCCGCCUGCCUGCACACAAAAAAGGCAACAUGACAUUGAAAGUCCAUUCCUGACUCAAAAGUGACCAAAAAAUGAGUAAGAGGGAACACUCGAUGAAGCAAUCGAGGCUUGCACCAAAAUUAUGAAUGAGAAAUGCAGCACUGCUGUAAAAGACAUUUUUAUUUCUACCCACUCGCCUUUUCUUCCAAAGCUCAAAUCAUUAUGCCCUACUUGCCCAACUUACCUGUAAUGAUUUAAACCAUUACUGCUAGUGAAUGAGGAAUGUGUAAGAUUUAUGUCUUCACAAAUCAAUCGGUUCUGAAAGAUAAUAAUUUGGGACAAACUCUGAGCAUUUUCUAAAAUGAGAAAAUCAUUUGUAUAUAUAAAAUGCAAAGUUGACUGAUUUAUUGACUCAAUUGGUCACUCACUCAUCAACAAAAAUGCUUAAACACAAUAAAAACACAAACUUAAAUUUGGCAGGAAUGGAUAUCUAGGGUUCACUAAGAAAAGACAUUUCAAUAUAUCAAUAUUUAGGGGUUACAUUAGAAAAACUGAAUAUCCUGAAAUCUAAAAACUGAUUUUUGUCUGAUUUGACUGAAAUUUAUGUUGUUAUAGAAAAAAAGAAAAUUAUUUGAUAUGUUUUUUUUUAAAUUUUUUGAAUAGUUGUGCUAUCAGUCUAAAACAGGUUUAACUCCAAGUGAUCAAUGUAGACCUUGGCAUAUUCAG